AAUAAUAAUUUACAAUUGAUGAUCAAGGAUGAAUUGGAAUGAGUAUUUAUGAUUACGAGGAAAGGAUGGGUAAAUUGAUAUUAUUGUUCAAAUAGUAAUAACUGGUUUACUACUUUUUAUAACAUGUUUUAAGGUUUAUCUGCAAUUACAGUGAUCAAGGAUCAGCGAUAAGUGAUAACUUUUUGUCUUCCAGCAACUUUUUACCGACUUUGUGUUAUAUUUUUUAAGCUAAUUCUUACAUGUUUUAUAUUUAAUUAUUUAUACUUAAUCAUAACACCAAUUUUAAACAUUGACAUGGACUCUAUCAACUUGAGAACUUCUUUGGUAAAACCAAUUAUUCGACAAUGGAUGUGUCAAGGAUCAGCCAGUUUUACUCCAUCUAAUUUUGUUCUUCCCCUGUUCAUCAUUAAUAAUGACGACGAAAUCCAAGAGAUAUCUUCUAUGCCUGAGGUUUACAGAUAUGGCGUUAAUCGAGCGAUUGAAUAUCUUUCAGGAUUGGUCAAUGAUAAAGGACUUCGUUCAAUUUUAUUGUUUCCAGUUGUAUCAAGCAAAUCAAUAAAUGAUUCAACCGAUCCUGCUUUUAAUCCUGUGCUUCGUUUGAUACCAUUGAUUAGGAAACAAUUUCCUAAUCUUUAUGUAAUUGUGGAUGUUUGUCUUUGUGGUUUCAGUAGUGAUGGACACUGUUAUGUAGCCAAUGACAGUGAUGGAGUAAAAGAUAAUGAUGCUACUUUGACUGCAUUGGCUAACCUUUCUGUAGCUUAUGCUAAAUCGGGUUGUCAUAUGGUUGCUCCAAGUGACAUGAAUGAUGGACGAGUAGCUGUGAUCCGUUCUGAACUUAAUAAAUCGUCGUUCAAUGAUGUCAGUAUCAUGUCUUAUUCAGCUAAAUUUGCUUCCAAUUUUUAUGGACCAUUUCGAGAUGCCGCUGGUAGUGCACCAAAGCAUGGCGAUCGUAAAUCAUAUCAAUUAACUCCAGGAUCAUCCGGUUUAGCUAUGAGAGCCAUUGCUAGAGAUAUUGCGGAAGGUGCGGAUAUAAUUAUGGUUAAACCAGGAUUACCAUAUUUGGAUAUUAUCUCAGAAGCAAAGAAUAGAUUUCCAGAUAUACCAAGAGCAGUUUAUCAUGUUUCCGGGGAAUAUUCGAUGCUUUAUCAAGCAGGAAUCUCUGGUUGUUUUGAUUUGAAUCGUGCCUUGUGGGAAAUUUUGAUAAGCUUCAAACGAGCUGGAGCUGAAAUUAUUAUUACUUAUUUUACACCUAAAAUACUUGAUUUACUCAAAGAUGUUGAGUUAUAAAUAAAAAUUGAAAAUGAUUGAAAUAAUCUUAAGUGAUUCAUAAAAUAUUCAAUAAAGUGUAUUGCUUGAAUUUAAUC